UGAACAGCUUCACUGGUCGUUACUCUCUUAGGCUCUUAGCUGUCACGUAGCAUUCUCUCUCGUGCAAACCUAAUCAUCGAUCGAUCGAUUAAUCAAUUUGGAAAGGAAUCCCGAGGCACAGGGAGAACGGAGAAGGGGGAAGGAGAAGCGAGAGAAGCGAGACGGAGAGAUCGACAUGGCGAUACUAUACGCGCUGGUGGCGCGGGGCUCCGUGGUUUUAGCGGAGUUCAGCGCGACGCAGACGAACGCGAGCGCGAUUGCCCGGCAGAUCCUCGAGAAGAUCCCAGGAACAAACGAUAGUCAUGUUUCCUACUCGCAGGAUCGCUACAUAUUCCACGUCAGUCGCACCGAUGGCAUCACCGCUCUAUGCAUGGCGGACGACACCGCCGGAAGAAGAAUUCCGUUUGUAUUUCUUGAAGACAUUCAUGGAAGAUUUGUGAAGACAUAUGGACGUGCAUGCCAUACAGCUCUUGCUUAUGCCAUGAAUGAGGAAUUUUCUAGGGUCUUAAGUCAACAAAUGGACUAUUAUUCAAACGAUCCUAAUGCAGAUAGGAUAAAUCGCAUCAGAGGUGAAAUGAGUCAGGUAAGGAAUGUCAUGAUAGAUAAUAUUGACAAAGUCCUUGACAGAGGUGACCGUUUGGAAUUGUUAGUUGACAAAACUACUAGCAUGCAAGGCAAUACAAUCCGCUUCCGAAAGCAGGCUCGUCGUUUCAGAAAUACCGUGUGGUGGCGGAAUGUUAAACUCACGGCUGCGCUGAUUCUCAUCCUUCUGAUCAUAAUAUAUGUAGUGGUUGCAUUUGUCUGCCAUGGCAUCACACUCCCCAGUUGUAUCGGGUAAUCACUUUUUUUAAUUUUUUUCUUAAAUCUUGUAAUAUUUUUGCAAAGAAAACACAGACAAUUAACUUAAUAUAGUCUGGACUUUAUAUUUUGAAAAUCAUUGUUAUUCAGGUGGUGAUUUUCUCAUGUAUGUAUAAAUAUUUCAUUUCU